AUGGAAGUUCCUUUCAAGGUGUCCGUGGGCUCUGUGGUUGUCUCGCAACAUCUUGACAUGGAAAUUCCCUUCAAGGUGUCCGUGGGCUUUGUGGUUCUGUUGCAACAUCUUGACAUGGAAUUUCCCUUCAAGGUUUUCUUGGGCUAUGUCGUUCUGUUGCAAUAUCUUGACAUGCAAAUUCCCUUCAAGGUGUCCGUGGGCUCUGUGGUUCUCUUGCAACAUCUUGACAUGGAAAUUCCCUUCAAGGUGUCCGUGUGCUUUGUGGUUCUGUUGCAACAUCUUGACAUGGAAAUUCCCUUCAAGGUUUUCUUGGGCUAUGUCGUUCUGUUGCAACAUCUUGACAUUCAAGUUCUCUUCAGGGUGUCCUUGGGCUCUGUUGUUCUGUUGCACCAUCUUAGCAUGGAAAUUCCCUUCAGGGUGUCCGCGGGAUUUGUCGUUGGCAACAUCUUGACAUGGAAAUUCCUUUCAAGGUGUCCGUGGGCUCUGUGGUUCUGUUGCAACAUCUUGACAUGGAAAUUCCCUUCAAGGUGUCCGUGGGCUCCGUGGUUCUGUGGCAACAUCUUGACAUGGAAAUUCCCUUCAAGGUGUCCGUGGGCUUUGUGGUUCUGUUGCAACAUCUUGACAUUCUCUUCAAGGUGUACUUGGGCUCUGUUGUUCUGUUGCAACAUCUCGGCAUGGAAAUUCCCUUCAAGGUGUCCGCGGGAUUUGUCGUUGGCAACAUCUUGA